AUGAGGAUCGGCUGUCUUCAAUUUGCUCCCCAGGUGGGCGAUGUUGACAAUAAUCUCAACCGCGCCGACUCAGUCUUGAGCAAAGCGAACCCCAACGAUCUCGACAUUCUCGUACUGCCUGAGCUGGCUUUCUCAGGAUACAACUUCAAGUCGUUGCAACACAUCUCACCCUUUCUCGAGCAUUCCGGCUCCGGCAUUACCUCUCUCUGGGCUCGAACCACAGCCCUCAAAUACAACUGCAAUGUUGUCGUUGGCUACCCGGAAAAGGUCGACGUGUCUGACAACUGGCCAACUAGUCCUGAGUACUACAAUUCAGCAAUUGUGGUCAACGGGGAUGGAGAGACGAUAGCCAACUAUAGGAAGACAUUCCUUUACUACACUGAUGAGACAUGGGCUUUGGAGGGUCAGGGGUUCUUCGAUGGCUUCAUCCCCGGGCUGGGAAAUGCCUCGAUGGGUAUUUGCAUGGACCUGAAUCCGUACAAGUUCGAAGCACCCUGGCACGAAUUUGAAUUCGCCUUCCAUGUACUCGAGUGUGAGUCCAAUGUGGUGAUCCUGUCGAUGGCAUGGAUGACACGUGAGGAUGGGCGCAUGUUUAGUCGCAUGCCUAAUGAACCUGACAUGGACACAUUGACUUAUUGGGUCACUCGAUUGGAGCCUCUCAUAAGGUCAGAAAACGGCGACGAGGUUAUAGUCAUCUUCUGCAACAGAACUGGUAUCGAGGAUGAGGCUGUCUAUGCCGGCACGAGUGCCGUAAUUGGCAUUCAGGAUGGCGAGGUCAAAAUCUAUGGUCUACUCGGCCGAGGUUCGAAGGACUUGUUAGUCGUCGACACCAACAAUGGGCCUUACGCCAAGCUUGUUCACCGCCCCGAACCCAACCAUCCAUCAGUCCUACACGGAGAGUUGGAGAAGAUGAACCCGUCUCCUGCAUCCAGCACAACGCCUGGGUACGAAGGCUCUCAAUUGUCUCAGCCCAGCCAAUCGCAGCCGAACGAUGCGGCAAACACGCCGACGGACUCGAAAAAGAAUUCGCCUGGAAAGCCACCUUCCGUUGUUUCUCUCAAAGACUCAGUGGCAGCGAGGAGAGUGAGACCGUCGCCGCAGAUCCAGAUUCCUUCUUUGCAGAACUCCACAGGAGCCCUCAGUCUGGACAGCCCAAGCCUACCGACUCCCACUGCGCCUAGUCCCACGCCACUUUCAAUUCGACCGAAGCUGGUUAUCCCACAAUCUCCGUCAUCUCAAAUUUGGCAGUCGUUCAGUCCUGUUCCCCAGAGUACGCAAUCAACACAUUCGGUCCGCUCACUACUCUCCGACCAUUCCGUCGCAUCGAAUGGUAGGGCGCCUGCAGACAGCACUCCUUAUCCAGACAGCGCUCAACCUCUGAGCGGAUAUCCUAGGUUUCCGGAGAGGAUGAUUUAUGACGGUCAGGUUGUGAUUGCUCAGGGCCCUUACAGCCCCAUCACUUCGACAGGCAGCCAGUCUCCCAUGUCGCCUCGUUACUUCUGGCGACCUUCGGACACUCUCCUGAAGACACCCAUGGAGCCACGUGGAUGGUCAGCUGCUCCGGAGUCGCCGAUCAUGAGGCAUGCUCCUUCAUCGACCUAUCAGAAUCUUUCACUCUGGUCACAGCAUGAUCCGCUAGCACGUUCCCACAGUUCCAAUACUGUCCGAACUGCCGUCACGGCAGUAACAGCGAAAAGGGAUGAGCCGAAUGUGAGGAAGCAGAAGACGGCCGACUCAGCUCGAGGCAAGAACUCUCAGCCGCCGAAAUCAAGAAGUCCAAGCAAGUCGCGCAGCGAAGAAUUCUCAGCAGCCACGAAUGGAGCCACCCAAACAACAUCUAGUCGUGAUGCUACUCCUGCCCGUCCCUCGUCUCCAAAGUCUCGUCACGCUAGUCGAUCUAGACUGCGCAAUCGCUCCGAUUCAGCACUGGCUCUUCGUGAGCAGGCCGUGGAAAUUUCUCAACACUUGGAGAACAUUUCCAAAAGAGCAGAAUCAGUGAACCGGGACCGAAACUCCCCGAAUGACGCUGAGGUUGUUCAAGUUGAUCGCCCGCCCUCUCCGAAAUCUCGCAACUGUAGUCGCAGCCGCCCUGCGAGAAGACAGUCUUCAAUUCUGAUCGCGGCAAGUCCUAGCAUUUUCCCAGACGAGUUUACUCGGCCAGCGUCCACUGCCAUGGUGGAAGGUCCCAAGAUCGAACACUCACGGUCCAUGUCGAGAUCGGGACAUCAUGCAAGAAGCGAGUCUAUCACCAAAGGGGGCAGGGCCGCCUCGAAGGAUACACAUACUCGAGCGCGAACCCCGGCAAUCGAUGGCAAAGUCCCGAACCGGCCUGCCUCUCGCACGGCGAGUCGAGGCCGUCAACCCGGACCAGUGUUCUCGCCACCCAAGAUGUCGCCAAGUGGGAGACCCCCAUCGGCCAGGGGAAUGUCAGCCAAUCAUGCCGAUCCUGUGAAUAGAAAACAAGGACCAUCGGUAUCUAAUGCUUCUUCCACGUCUCCUGGGGUUGUUCCCGUAGGAUUCGAUAAGAUUGAAGCAGUUCUUCACCCCAACUGUCCAGUGCACGGACGACAUUCGACAAGCGGCGUCCGGCCCACAGAAAAUGCAGCGGCUCAAGAGCACAACGAGCCAUUUGACUUGGCACUCAGGAGGUCCCUCUCAACCCCAGCUACAGCAAACAACAGUACGGUUCAGUUUGGGUCGCUAGAGAGCAGCAAAAUUUCACACAACCCUCGGGUUUCAACUGUUGCCAAUACUCCGCCGAGCGAUGUGUCAUCGCUAUCUGAGACGGUCGGGACGGUCUCGACAACCAGCCGUUCACCUUCUACACCGUUUUUUGAGCCAAAGACGCCGACUGCCAUGGUGAUCAUUCGUGACUUGGAGGACGCGGCGUUUGGAAUAGCUAGCCCGGAGAAAGAGAGUGGCUUGGCGGAGUUGAGGUGCGUGGAUAGAAACAUGGGAGUUUCUGCUGUUGCUUAG